AUGAAAUGUGUGUGUACAAGACAAGUGUUUUGAACUCAUUAGUUGUUCCAUGUAUAUAUAUGUAUACAGAAAAGCCUAUAUAUUCUGCAAAUAUGUUUUCUGCUUAAUAAAAACCUCUGCAAAAGCUGCUCUUCACUCUCACAACACUCUCUUCUCUCUCUCUCUCUUCACACAAUAAAAUCUGAAUCCAGAUUUUCAGUUGCAUAUAUACUUAUUCCUCCUUUGAGGUUGAGAGAGUUGAAAAUUGAGAUGGCCACAGGCGCAAGCGAGAAGAAGGCGACAAAGUCAGGGCAAGAGCCGGCGCAGGAGCCGGAGCAGCUCCCAUGCCCGCGGUGCGACUCCACAAACACCAAGUUCUGCUACUACAACAACUAUAACUUCUCGCAGCCGCGCCACUUCUGCAAGGCCUGCCGACGCUACUGGACUCACGGCGGCACCCUCCGCGACAUCCCCGUCGGCGGCGGCACCCGCAAGCGCUCCCGAACCUCCUCCUACACUCCCACACCCGUUUUCUCUCCCGGUUAUCAUCAUCGCGACUUCCUCCACCUUCCUGCUGCCGCCGCUUCCCAGCUUCUCGCCGCUAGCCACGGCGGCGCUAUGCCGUUUGCGCUUGGCGUUGGGCUUGAUGAGGUCGGGUUUGGGCCCGGAAGGCCGAGUUGGCCGUUUGCUGCGGUUGUCGACGGUGGAGGUCACACCAGCGUGGCAUGGCACACGUGGCAGCUGGAGAGUGGAGACAGUGGUUUUGUUGGUGGAGACUCUUUUGCUUUUCCUGAUCUUGCUAUUUCCACUCCUGCUAGUUUUUUCAAAUAAACAUACUCCUACUGUAAUUGAUUUAUUUAUCAUCAAGAUUAGCACUUCAGUUAAAUUAUCAUCAGUUUUACUUUUUAGGCAACAUAAGAUGUUUCUUUGGCUUUAAAUUUUAUUUACUAUUA